UUUUCCUUGCUGCAAACCGGAGCCUUUCUUUUGUUGAACAGCAUAUCUACUGCAAAUCCUCGUGAUUUUAUCCGUUAAAUUUAUAGGCCUUCUCUCUCAGAUGUGAUUCUGUUGAGAUGCUUGUUGCACAGUCAGAGGCGCACAACCCCUUUUUGCUGUUUAGCACAUUUUAGAGUCCCUUUAACUUUGUGGCUUGUAAGCUAACUGAGUACAACUAUGUUUCUUGGUGCAGUAUGAUGAAUCCUUUGUCUGAGGGACUCUGUUUGGCCGACAAAAGUGGGUUGAGCGCCCAGACGCUUCUCGACGUACUGGACCUCGGCGCCAUUGCAAACCCAAUGUUCAAGCUGAAGGGGCCUGCAAUGCUGCAGGGCAGCUACAGCCCUGCGUUUCCUCUGAAACAUCAGCAGAAGGACAUGAGGUUAGCUCUUGCCCUGGGAGAUGAAAACGCCGUGUCCAUGCCGGUCUCAGCAGCUGCGAAUGAGGCAUUCAAGAAGGCCAGAAGCCUGGGGCUGGGGGACCUAGAUUUCUCGGCGGUCUAUGAGGUAGUGAAGGACGCAGGUGGCUCAGGACAGGCGUGAUAGGCAAUCAGUGGUCUCAUUUGGAUGCUAGAUUUGCAGCAGUGUCUCUCGUUCAUUGUAAGGCAAUUGGCUCGUCAUCAUAGCGUGUGUAUAUCCAGGAUCUGGAGCCCCGACCUUGCUUAAAAAAUAAAUCAGCAUUUGAUGGUUUACUUGCACGAUAGAUGUUACUGGAAGCUGGGAACUAGCUGAUUGCAUCUAGAAUGAUUUUUUUUUACCUGCCUCAGCAGAUUGAAAACAUACAAGAAAUGGCACUAUCUUCUCCUUACUUUGUCA